GGGCGAGGAGAGGAAAGGACAGAGAGGGAGAGAAAGACAAGAAAAGGAGAGAGGGAAGAAAAGGUCCGGGGAGAGCGAGCGAGCGAGCGAGCGAGCGAGCGGGGACUAGCGAGGAAAGGGAGAGCGAGGCGCGAGCAGAGUUUUCCUAAGCGUCCCGGUGAGUGAAGGCGCCCCCAGGAGCGGAAGCGGUCCUGGGGGGACGGGGAGCGCAGCGAGGGGAGGAGGAGAGAGGAAGGGCGCGGAGGGGGAGCGCCUAGGAGAGGUGGGCGAAGGAAGCGAGGCGCGACAGUGCUGGGGAGAGGAGGGCGGCGAGGAGCGAGGCUCGGGCGGCCGAGAGGAGGGAGCGCGGCGCAGAGAGGAGGGGCUUGCGGGCCCGUGGCAAUGUCAAUCAGAGCCCGGAGCCCGGGGAAUCGCCGCCAAUCUGUUCCGACCUGACCUGGCUCCUCGCCGCCGCCGCCGCCGCCGCCGCCGCCGCCGCCGCGGAGCAGAUCAAUAGGCGAACGCGGAGCGCAGCGCAGCGCGGGAGGCAGCGCGGCCCCCCAGCCCGGCCCAGCCCCCGAUGCGCGCCGGAGCCCGCGGGCGGCGCUGAGCAGGGCGGCCCCGGGGGCCGGGCCCCCUCUCCGUCCGUGCCCCGCGGGCCACCAUGUCCUUCCCUCAGCUCGGAUACCAGUACAUUCGGCCGCUCUACCCGCCCGAGCGCCCAGGGGCCGCCGGGGGCGGCGGCGGCGGCGCGGGGUCCCGCGGAGGCCCGGGGGCCGGCGCCUCGGAGCUGGCCGCCUCGGGCUCCCUGUCCAACGUGCUCUCGUCGGUGUACGGGGCGCCCUAUGCCGCGGCCGCCGCCGCCGCCGCCGCCGCCCAGGGCUACGGCGCCUUUCUGCCCUACGCCGCGGAACUCCCCAUCUUCCCGCAGCUGGGCGCGCAGUAUGAGCUGAAGGACAGCCCCGGGGUGCAGCAUCCCGCCGCGGCCGCCGCGUUUCCGCACCCGCACCCCGCCUUCUACCCCUACGGCCAGUACCAAUUCGGGGACCCGUCCCGUCCCAAGAACGCCACGCGCGAGAGCACCAGCACGCUCAAGGCCUGGCUGAACGAGCACCGCAAGAACCCCUACCCCACCAAGGGCGAGAAGAUCAUGCUGGCCAUCAUCACCAAGAUGACCCUCACCCAGGUGUCCACCUGGUUCGCCAACGCGCGCCGGCGCCUCAAGAAGGAGAACAAGAUGACGUGGGCGCCCCGCAGCCGCACGGACGAGGAGGGCAACGCUUAUGGGAGCGAACGCGAGGAAGAGGACGAGGAAGAGGACGAAGAAGAUGGUAAACGCGAACUGGAGCUGGAAGAGGAGGAACUCGGCGGGGAGGAGGAGGACACCGGAGGCGAGGGCUUGGCGGACGACGAGGAGGACGAGGAGAUCGAUUUGGAGAACUUAGACGGCGCGGCCGCGGGGCCCGAGCUGGCCCUGGCCGGGGCGACGCACAGGGACGGCGAGCUGGGCCUGGGGCCCAUUUCAGACUCCAAGAACAACAGCGACUCGGACGAUAGCUCCGAGGGCCUGGAGGAGCGUCCGCUGCCCAUCCUGAGUCUGGCCCCGGCGCCCCCCGCGGUGGCGACGGCUCCACCGUCUCCUCCCUCGCCCCCAGCGGGCCUGGACCCUUGCGCGCCCGCUCCAGCGCCCGCCUCCGCCGCCCUGCAGAAACCCAAGAUCUGGUCGCUGGCCGAGACGGCCACCAGCCCGGACAACCCGCGCCGCUCGCCUCCGGGUGCGGGGGGCUCGCCCACUGGCGCCGCCGUCGCGCCCACCAGCCUGCAGCUCUCGCCCGCCGCCGCAGCCGCCGCCGCCGCCGCCGCGCACAGACUGGUCUCGGCGCCGCUGGGCAAGUUCCCGGCUUGGACCAACCGGCCGUUCCCGGGCCCGCCGCCCGGCCCCCGCCCGCACCCGCUCUCCCUGCUCGGCUCGGCCCCGCCACACCUGCUGGGACUUCCCGGAGCCGCGGGCCACCCCGCCGCCGCCGCCGCUGCCGCCGCCGCCGCCGCCGCGGCCACCUUCGCCAGGCCUGCGGAGCCCGAGGGCGGAACAGAUCGCUGUAGUGCCUUGGAAGUGGAGAAAAAGUUACUCAAGACAGCUUUCCAACCCGUGCCGCGUCGGCCCCAGAACCACCUGGAUGCCGCUUUGGUCUUGUCGGCUCUCUCCUCGUCCUAGUUCUUUUUAAUUUUUUUUUAAAUCAUUGUAAUAAUUGUAAAAAGGAAAAGGAAAAGAGACGAAGAAACGCUCUGUAUAGUCAAGACUUGUAAGCAUGUCGGUGUAUGAAUAUUUACAAAAGAAAACCAAACAAAAAAAAGUAAAAGAAAAAAAAAGAAAUAAAUCGAGUUCCCCCUCAGCCCUCCCCAGUGGCUUCUCUCCCCCACAUUAGCUGAGUUUGUGAGUUUGAUUUUUUGGGGGGUGGAGUUUCAGUGAGAAUAAGAGUGUCUGACCCUUUCUUUUGUAUAUACAGAAAAAUGUACAUAUGUGUGAACCAAAUUGUACAAGAAAGUAUCUAUUUUUGGCUAAAUAAAUGAGCUGUUGCCACUUUGA